CUUUGACCCUCUCAAGAUCAUCUGUAUUGGCCUCUAGUUGGACUUGCAGUGAGAAAUAUUCCCUUAGCCAACAGGUAUUUAUUGAGUGCCUACUAUAUACCAGGUAGCGUUUUUAAAAAGCCGUGGGAUUAAAAGAUAAAAACAGGGCACGGUCUUGUCUUCCAGGAAGGAUCUCCCAGAAGAGUGAGGAAGACAGCCAGGUAAACAAAUAAUUCCAGAACAGUGUGAUAAGGGCAGGGAGAAGAGUCUGAACAGGGGCCACGGGAAGCCUAGCGGAGAGAGCGCCACAGCCGGCGGUGGGGAGGCUGCAGAGGUCUCGGAGGACCCGGCGUUCGAGGGGGCUUUGAUGCUGUGCCCUGAAAAAGCCGGCCCGGAGCGGGCUGCCCCUCGAUGUCACUCGAAUUCUGGCCAUCCUGUCAUUUAAAGUUGCCGACUAGGAAGGGAAGAAAUGGGUCGAAAGCGGUACUGAAAAGGAGAGGUCUCCCUCCCGGGUCCCGAUUGUCUCCGUCCCCGUCUCCGUCCGCCGCGCCCGCCUCGCCCUGCCCCGUCUCUCUCCCUCGCACUUCCUGAGUCGCCAGCCGCCGCCGUCUCGCCGCGGGAGCCCGCGCCCCAGCCGCCGCUGCCCCGGCUCCAGCCCCCGUAGCCCGCGGCGCCCGCCCGAGGGACCCGGCGCCCGGGGAGGGAACAGCGGGCGAGCGCGCCUCGCCCAGCCCCGCGCCCCAGCCCUGCCCGGCGAGGAAGGACCGGGAAGAUGAACAACGGCGGCAAAGCCGAGAAGGAGAACACCCCGAACGAGGCCAACCUUCAGGAGGAAGAGGUCCGGACCCUAUUUGUCAGUGGUCUCCCUCUGGAUAUCAAACCUCGUGAGCUCUAUCUGCUUUUCAGACCGUUUAAGGGCUAUGAGGGUUCUCUUAUAAAGCUCACAUCUAAGCAGCCCGUAGGUUUUGUCAGUUUUGACAGUCGCUCAGAAGCAGAAGCUGCAAAGAAUGCUUUGAAUGGCAUCCGCUUCGAUCCUGAAAUUCCGCAAACACUACGACUAGAGUUUGCUAAGGCAAACACGAAGAUGGCCAAGAACAAACUAGUAGGGACUCCAAACCCCAGUACUCCUCUGCCCAACACUGUACCUCAGUUCAUUGCCAGAGAGCCAUAUGAGCUCACAGUGCCUGCACUUUACCCCAGUAGCCCUGAAGUGUGGGCCCCGUACCCUCUGUACCCAGCGGAGUUAGCGCCUGCUCUACCUCCUCCUGCUUUCACCUAUCCCGCUUCACUGCAUGCCCAGGAAGGCAGCUCCAACUCUGCCCUUUGCUUAGUGAGCAAGUGGAUUCAGAUGCACAAAGCCAUAAGCCAUGGAUGCGCUGGCUCCCUCCCUCCGAGGCUACUUCUCAGGGCUGGAAGUCCCGUCAGUUCUGCUGAAUACUAUUGGGUGCUUGGAGCAAAGUUUAGCUCAUCAGUGCACAGGAUUCUCCUGGAGAAUUGCUUCGGUGGCCGUUCCAGGUGUGUGAUGGUGGCUGCAGUCUGUCUUGUGGGUAUUAACGCAAUCUCCAACAGUGGCUACUGUUCUCGAGCUGUUCUGCGAAACUGGAGCGUGCUGCCCUUUCUUGGUGACUCGGGGACAGGUUCAUGAGCCUCUUCAGAAAUAGAGUGAUGAUUGAUUGCCCUUGGGCAGUAACUGAAUUGUGUCGGAUCCUCACUGAAUUCCUCCAGACUGCUGGGCUCUUCUAGUGGGUGAUGAUUUUGGUGAUUUGUCCAUCUUUUCAGUUGACACCAGCUGUUACUUCUUAGUUCAUCCGCUUCUAGCAGUAAGUGUAGUCUUAAAACUAACAUAGCAUUCCCAGAGGUGACCUGCCUGCCAGGCACCACAUGCAGGGGCUUCUGGUCUCUUUGAAAAGCUUGGCCUAGAACAGCUGGAAUGCCAGGGGCAGGCCAACAGUGGGUAUGUCUCAGCCCAAAUAAGGUGGCAAAUUUCAUCCCUACGAGGGGCCUAUAAAGAAGAGAUGAGUCAGAAAGAGGGCAAGAUUCCUGCUGAGGACAGAGAACCAGGCAGUUCUGGCCAAGGAGAUCAUUACUACAUAUUUGGGGCUUAAGUAAUUUCCUGCUCAGAAUAAUACCUUUCGGGGCCUGUCCAGAGGCACACACGGCCAGCGUGUAUGGGUUUGCAGCCCGCCUCCCCGCUGCCUGCACGGGAAGCCAGCAGCCUGCACUUGGGGUCUAUUUUCUCCCGCCAUCUGUAUCACACUAACCAGACUUAUCGACAGGUAAACGUUUUCCACAUCACAUAGGGCAGCUGAUAUUCAUCCCACUAAUUCCAUAGCCUUUGAAUUUUUUAGAUUUUCCUUUUGUCAUGCUUCCGAAUAGCAAUGCCCAUGAUAUUACCAAUAUUACCACUCAGUAAAAUUUUUUUAAAAGACAAGAUUUUGUUGGGUUUUUUUUCCCCCUUCUCUGGAGAAAUUUAAAGACCAAUUAAAAGCCACCCAUACAAUUUUUUGGAAGCAGGUUAGAAUAAUGAUUUUUUAAAAUGCAGUAAAUUGACCCAAACAUCAGUCGUUCAUGGCACCUGCAGAUGAGCCCAGACUGGCGGCAGCAGCAGCUGUCUUCAUGCAGACAACGGGAGGGCCUAGUAGGGGAGGAGACCCGCGCCACUGUCCUGGGCAGCCAGACACCCCAGACAGGCCUGAGGAGGUGGGGCGGCUGCCCAGCAUGGGCCAGGUGGGGAGAAGGGUGUCUUUGGCACUAGCCACGUUCAUGCUGGGGCUCACCAGUUCUGGGCAUCCAGGGGCGACAAGAAUGAGUCUGGAGGCAGCUUUCCUUUUCCCAAAUCUGAAGUCGAUGACAGUCCUUAUGGCCUGCCCUGGGGGGAGCAGAGAGAGGCCUGGCCUAGGAGGAGCCUGCCGGCUUGUUGGUAGAGGGGUGGGCGGGAUGCGUCUGUGGCACAGGGAGGGGUUGCUCACUGCUGAAGACUGAGCCAUUCCUGUUCAUUAAAAGCCCUAAGUCAUAUGAUAUGUCCCGUGUUUGCUGGGAGUUAGACGGAGGGGAAUAUUCCUUAUCUGGCUUUUGAUAAAAAUGACUAAAUCUUAGAGAAUUUCUUGGGGAAGAAGUCAUUAGUAAAGAGGUUAAGUAUUUGUAGAUGGAUUAGGGGAAAAUAGAGAAAGAAUAUUCUUGUUGCUGAGAGGAAAGGCUCACAGGGAUUCAGACAGACAGACUCUGACUUAGCAACGAGGAAAGCAGAGUCUGGGAAGAGCAGCCUGGGCCUGGAUUGCUCCCCUGGCGGCCGCAGGCACCCGGCCCCACAGCCGUCAGCAGCUGUCCCCAAGUGCUGAGGGCCACAUGCUGAUCUUUGUGAUCAAGGACAACUGAAAUGGAAUGUUUUAGAAUUGUAUAAUAUUCCUUAAGACAUCAGGAGCCAUUCUCUAUUGUCUUCAAUUGGGACAGUUGCGACCUACCUCAGACAAGAUUUCUUGCAUGUAUUUCCCUCCCUUGUUUAUCCUGUCACAUGCAUGUCAUGUUGACCCCCUUUCAGGAAAGGCUCUGAGAGGAGAAUCUGCUCUCUAAACAGCCUGACACUCCCACCCCACCCCCACCCCUCCACGGUGCCGUGUUCCCGGAUGUCUUCGCAUUCUGUUUAACAUGUCCUUGUUAAUACAUUCCAAGGUCUGAACUCCGUUCCUUGCUAAACCCCUUCCUUGUUUACAGGGACUGAAAUAGCCACAUUUUGACCUUCUGUUCAGUCUGGGAACAUCUAUGGCAAUGUGGACGCAUUCUUUUCCCAUGUGAGAAUUACAUUUACACAGCACAGUUAUGGAAAAGCUCAGGAAACCAUAGACUCUCAUCCCCCUUCUUCUCUCUUCCCUCCUCCCUUCCAUGUUCUUUUUCACUUCAAAAGAUCAGCCUUUCUAAUCAGCCCAACUUAACCAGACCUGUACACCUUGCUUCUUCCUGCUCAGGGGUCCAGGAAGAAGGGGACAGAAUACUGUGAGGUCGCGGUGGGUUGCUUAUUGCCUGGGAAAGCUGGAGGCGCCCCCCAUCUCCCCAGGAUCAGCUUCCCGUAGAAGGCCCCCAUCGACGCCAAAGCUGCCCAGCAGAGGUGCUCAGGGCGCCACGGGACCAGUGUGCAGAGCCCAGCGUGGGUCCUUGGGCACAGUGUCCUGGCUCUCAUUCCAGGGCAUUAUCAAGACUAGGGCCGGGGUCUCAGUGCCACAUACCAUUAAGGGCAUAUUGUUCCCAUUUCAUUUGCCCAAGAGUCCAAGUAUCUGAAUUUUUGCUACAUGCAAGGUGUCUGGGGUGGAGGAGGGAAGAGAUAGUCUUAGGGAGGAAAAUAAUCCAGGAUAAUACUUGUGAAAGCCAAACAAGUGGCCUGGACAGUGAGAGCUCCUGGUAAGAGUUCAGAGGAGAAAGACCUGCAGGCCGAAGGGAUAAGGAGAGGCUGGAGGAAGCGGGGCUUAAACUGAGUUUUGAAAGAUAGUAGGGUUUGUGUAUGCUGAGGAGGAUUAGAACAGAAGAACGGAGGAAGCGAGAACAUACAAGCAUGUUCUUGUUCAAAGUGGAUUGUGACCAGGCUUCUGAGGGCCUUGAGGGGCGUAUUAGGGAUUUGGGUUUUGGGAGGCAUUGGAGAGAUCUGAGCAAGGGGGAGGUGUUUUAGGAAUCUUUGUCAUCUUGCUGCCCAGGGCAAAAUGAAUGAAAAGUCAAGUGAGAAACACAAACCAGGAGAGGCAAACCCAGGAUGGUGGCGGUGGCGUCGGGAGGUAAGAGUGAUCUAAAAGAGGAGGCUGAGUCAGGGGUAGAGCGGCACCAGGUGCUAGACAGAGGGACAAAGGACAGGCAGAGGGGUCAGGUGCCAGGGCCAUGUUAAGGCAGAUGGUGAAUCUGGGUUUAGACAUGUUGCCUUUGAGGUCCUGGCAGAAAUGUCUGGGCCAAAGCUGAUAGGAAUGUCCAGGACCUGGUAGUGGAACCAGAAAGGAGCCAGGGCUAGCAACGUGCAUUUGCCCAAAGACGGUUGCUGAGCUCUACAGAGAAGAAAGCAGAAGUAGACCAGCCAGGCCCCCUGCCACUCAGCCGAGGGCUGGCAGAAACCACAGGGCCUUGGUCCAUCCUAAACCAGUGGGCCCAGCCCACGGGAAGAAGCGAUCACCUGUGGCAGAGGCUCCUUUGCCCACUCACUCAGCCCCCUCUCCCUCAGUCCCUGAAGGCAGUGUGGCAGCUUUGGUUUCAGGCCGUUGGUCUUGAUGCUGCCUGACCACUUCCAGUUUCAGCUGCUUUCCCAAGAUGGCCCUCUCCAAGCCUGUGCUCUGUAAGAGGCCCUUGGCAGUGUACAGGCCCCUUAGGAUCCCAGAGUCCAAGGGCUGCUGAGUACUGUCCCCUGUGAAUUGUUCCAAAGUAAAAACAGCCGUAGAGUGACUGCUGUUCCUCAGAAACGGUUUCUUGGAAUCAACACACACAGCUUGGGCUGCUGGCGCGAGGUCAAGUUUGGGAUGACGUGGAACUUGUCAUUUUAGGCCUGACAAGCUGAGAAUGUGGGGGAAGGAAACUGGGCCUUGUCUCCACUUCCUCUAAGCUGGUUUCUCUCCUCUGUUGAUGUAAAGUGACUGGGGAGUUGCGGGAGAGGGGGGCGUCGCCUCUUCAUGCUCUCAAGGGCAGCAGAUCCGGCAUUCAUGGGGAUGUGAGACAGGCCAGGGCUCGUGGGCCCAUAGUUCCCUGCAUCCUGACCCCGUGGAAAAAUGCCCCAAGUCUGGGCACUCUCUUAGUCCUGCCACCCCUGGGGCUGCGCCAUGCUGCAUGCACCAGGAUCGUGGGAUCCCGGCACCCCGCCCCCUGCCGGGUAGAAAUCAGAGUGUAGCAGAAGAGAUACAGCUUUCGAGAGGGUUCGUCUGCUGGCCCCACUCACUAAGCAUCACAGGACAUGUGACCUGUACCAAAGAUGGCAUGUCCCAGCCCACUUAGAUUUCUUCAUCCUGGAACAUCUGGCAAGGGGGGUGGGGGCGGUGUUGAUCCCUCUGCUAUGCUGGGCAUCAGGGGAGGCAAGGAGUCAGAAAGUGAGAUUCCUGAAGGAAUUUACCUCUUCCUUCACUCCUGCUAGACAAAUCCUCCUGUUUCAGAGGAUUCUGCUGAGAAAGUAAAGGGGGGAAGUGGGGCUGUGUGCCACGCCUCCCAGAGCUUGAGCUGAGAGCAUUUCCAAACUCUAAUUUGGCCUUUCUCUAUAAUAAGCAUCAUUAAAUUGAUGUGCUGCCUGGACUAAUGAAAUGGUUGCAACAAGCCAGAGAGACAGGUAGGUGUUAUGCUGACAUUACAGAUGAGCUUCUGGAUGUCCAGACCCCUUCUCUUGAAAGCUACACCCUGAUUUCUGCCCAGGGGUUUUUCGUGACCCAUAAGUCUGUGAUAAUUAUAUUGGGUCUUCUGACUUUUGGCCCAUUAUUAUUUGCACCCAUCUGUACUGUCAUCUAAAAACUAGGCUAUGACAAGAUAGACUGGCUGACAGUCCAGAUGCAGAUGCAGCCGGCACUGUGUACAAUCCUCAGAUGGAACUUAACAAGAUCGUCCAAGUAGCUGCGUUUGAGAGUGCUCAUCUAGAUCUGUUUCCGGUUUCAGGAAUUACUGCUAAAUCCACCUUUUCCCACAUAGCUAACUAGGACGCUUAUAUGGGUUGUUAUCAGUAAUGAUGCUUUUUUCUUUAUAGCUUCCUCCCACACACAAAUAAGCAUUUCCCCGCACAGAAUUCUAGUGUGUGCUGAUAUACUUCAGCAUAGACCUCUUCUACAACCACAGAUUCACGUGAGUCUGACGUACUGAUAAGAUGGCGAGAAAACAAGGGACUUGAGAGUUAGAGACAAGUGCAGGCACACCUCAGAGAUAGUGUGGGUUUGGUUCCAAACCACUGCAAUAAAGCGAGUCACAGGAACUUGGUGGUUCCCCAGCGCAUGUAAAAGUUAUGUUUACACUAUUCUGUAGUCUAUUAAGUGUGCAAUAGCAUAUGUCUAAAAAAGCAAUGUACACAGCUUAAAAAAUGCUAACCAUUAUCUGAGCCUUCAAGUCGUAAUCUUUUUGCUGGUGGAGAGUCUUGUAAAAAACGCAUUAUCUGUGAAGCACAAUAAAGCGGAGCACAAUAAAAUGAGGUCUGCGUGUAAAAUGAAUGACAGACUGAUGGUAGAGGUUUUACAAUGCAGCCUUUACAGAAGCGAAGCCAGACACAAACGAGCUGAGAUGUAUUUAAGAAACUCCUGGGACCAGGGUGGGACUCUGCCAAAGUCCCCUUUUUCUGUCACAAAGCAAAACAAAUAUGAGCAUUUCCUUGCAACUGCAGGAAAAGGAAGUCUUGAAAAGUUCCCAGUCAGAGAUAAGUGGAAAUUAAAUCUAUAUUCCGCACAUAUCUAGGGUGAGACCACUGAUACUCUUGUGAGUGGGCGUUACUGGAGGGUCAGUGCGUAUAUUUCUAAGCUGUUAUAUACAGACACCCGUGCUCUUUUGUAGGGAUUCACCCGUGCACGAAUUCUCCCAGCCGCAGGCCCCUCCCAACACAGCCCUGCAGCGAGGAGCAGGCACUGCGCACACCUGUGAGCCCUGCUCCCCUUAUCCAUUUUCUUUCUGUUUCAGGCUUGAAAAACCUUGCCCAGUUUUGAUCCCUUCAAGACUUUGCCACAGCCUCUAUCACACAUCUGUUUUUCUUGAAGAAAAAAAAUAUAAUAAAAAUGUUUUACUCUUUUACACUGUAUAAUUGUAAGAAAUAGUGUGUUAUUUGUGAAUGCAUGGUCUGACGUACAUUUCUGUACAGUUGAGAUAUUUUCAAAUGAAACAUAAAAGAUGUCAACAAUAAAA